GAGCUCUGAACAUAGGCAGUCCCCUUUCUAGUGCUGCAUGCUGUGAAAUGCUGCAGCUGACCAACCAGUUUUAGCUCCUUAGGAGUUUUUUUUUAUAGCAAGAGUCACAACUGUAUUCAAUUCAAAGUGCCCAGUGUCACAGGAGCAUUUGGAGCUGUGAGAUUUUGUUUAUUCCUUAGUUAAGAAAUGGAGAUCCCAUCAGUGUGACUCCAAUUAAGGUAAAUAGGCAUGUUUUGUUUGUAUAAAUAAAACUUUAGUGAUUGCACACUGGGGUACUUCCAAUGCUUCUGUGUUCUGUGUAUGAUUCAUGGGGCAAAUGAUCAUUUAUUGUUACACUUCCUCAUAUUUCUUCCAAAUACAUUGCUGCCAAGCAACACUGUCCUUUAUUCUUAAUCUCCCCUGCCACAUGAUUUCUGGUCAUGCCCAGAUCUCUGCUCUCUGUCUUAAACUCCUAAGCUAGCACAAUUUUCUGGGAGGGAUGAAGAAUGGGAUGGUGAAGGCAGGCAGAUGCAGAAAUUUGCAGAAGAGAGUUUCUGGAAUAAUCUCUGGUGCAGCUCUGGAAGAUGCCAUCCUCCAUCCCAGACUCAGACAGGAGGCACAGAGCCUCAGCAGCAUUUUCUCUGAGUUUCCUCUCUUUAAUCUUCUCCAUCACGGCUUUCAGCAGCAGUUACUGGUGUGAAGGGACCAGAAAAGUGGCCAAGCCUUUCUGCAAAGGAGACAGCAAAGGGGAUCUGUGCAUCCGCUUCAACAGCGCCGACGGCAACAGCAGCCAGGCCGUGCAGUACAUCUGGGAGACUGGGGACGACAAGUUCGUGGAGAAGAAGUUCCACGCUGGCAUCUGGUAUUCCUGUGAAGAAAUGAUAAAUGAAGAAGGUGAGAAAUGUAGAAGCUUCAUCAGUCUGACUCCAGCUUCUGAUCGAGGGGUUUUAUGGCUGUCUAUUGUAGCAGAGCUUCUCUACGUGGUUUUGCUCCUGACUGGGAACAUUCUCAUGUCAGUGGAAAUAUGCUACUACAGCUCUGUCAUUGAUGGGCUGAAGAUCAACGCCUUCUCUGCAGUGGUCACCGUGCUAGCAGGUCUUCUGGGCAUGGUUGCUCACAUGAUGUACACAACUGUAUUUCAAAUGACUGUAAAUCUUGGUCCUGAAGACUGGAGACCUCACACUUGGGAUUAUGGCUGGUCCUAUGGCCUUGCAUGGACCUCCUUCGCUUGCUGUAUGGCUGCAGCUGUCACCACUAUUAACAAAUAUACAAAAACUAUCUUGGAAUUCAAGCACAAGAGAAAAAAGCUGGAAAGGAGCUUUAGGAUUCAGUACAAGUUUCCUGAGCACACAGCUCCAGAGAAGGUCUGCAAUGUGUAUGUGAACUCUUUCCAGAACACCACAGAUGACCCCACACACGCAUUGAGAAGUCUGCGUCACCUGGCCACUAUUUCAGUCCUGUAAAGCUGAACCAGAUCUCAGAGCAUC